GUGGCAUUUAUGCUGCUAUCAUGGGCGUCAUUGAUGGUUCACAGCUAGGAUCAGCCAAACGCCUGCUAUGGUCACGGGGAGCUGAUCUUAUGUCAUGGCAGCCCGAGGCCUUUACUAGGUCUCUGUGGAUACCAUCACCGAUCUACCACUAAAAUGGUCUAGAGAAAACUCUGUAGUAUGGAUGAACCAAAAGAUCCGAUAGCAAUAGUUGGAAUAGGAUGCCAUUUCCCAGGGGGUGAAGGAAUUGACAACUUUUGGAAAGUUAUUGUUGAGGGAAAAAACUGUACCAUAGAGAUACCAGAGGAAAGAUUUAGUGUCCAACACUGGUAUGAUGCUGAAUCUGGGAAGACAGGGAAAAUAUGUACUACACGAGCUGCCAUUGUGGAGGGCAUUAACAAUUUUGAUCCUAAACCUUUCGGAAUCUACAAGUCUGAAGUGGAGAUUAUGGAUCCACAGCACAAACUACUGCUAGAAUGUACAUAUAGGGCUCUGGAAGAUGGAGGCUACCCAGCAGAAAGCAUCAGUGGAAGUGAUACCGGAGUAUUUAUAGGUCUCAUGAACAGGGAUGCGGAUACAAUUUACAAUAACUGUGCUGAUAAAAUUACUCAUUUACAUGGAACUGGAACAUCAACCUGCAUAGCUGCCAAUAGGAUAUCAUACUGCUUCAAUCUGACGGGCCCGUCUAUAUCAAUCGAUACAGCUUGUUCUUCUUCUCUGGUUGCUUUACAUUAUGCCUGCCAAUCCAUCAGACAAGGUGACUGUGGUAUGGCGAUUUGUGCAGGAGUCAGCUGUAUUAUUGAACCUCGUGUCUUUGUUGCACUUACUCAAGCAAAGAUGAUUUCUCCAGAAGGGACAAGUAAACCAUUUUCCAAUAAAGCAGAUGGAUAUGGAAGAGGAGAAGGAUGUGGUGUUGUUCUCUUAAAACCUUUAAAAAAGGCUAUUGAUGAUUACAACAAAAUCUGGGGAAUAAUAUGUAAAACUGCAGUUAACCAAGAUGGACGGUCAGUGUCGCCAAUCACUAAACCAUCUCAACAUCAACAGGAGAAAUUAUUGCAUCAAAUCUAUAAAGCCAUUGAUCCAUGUUCUGUGCAGUACGUUGAAGCUCAUGGUACUGGAACACCAAUUGGUGACCCAACAGAAGCAGCCAGCUUAGGAAACAUGAUUGGGAAAAAGCGCCCCAUUGGAAUGAAGCCUCUGAAGAUUGGGUCAGUAAAAGGGAACAUUGGUCACACUGAAUCUGCCGCUGGGGUUGCCGGGCUGAUUAAAGUUCUUCUCAUGAUGCACCAUGAAAUGAUUCCUCCAUCUCUACAUUAUUCAAAGGAAACUGGCAUCAAAAUCAUAGAGGAAUCGAAUCUAGAAAUUCCCACCAGCCCUGAAAAAUGGCCAGAGGAGGCAGCGUUUGGAAGAAUGGCAGGAAUAAACAGCUUUGGGUUUGGAGGAACUAAUUCACACACUGUUGUUAAACAGUACAAAUACAAAUAUCCCCAAUAUCAUUCCAAAAGACCGGUAGAACUUUAUAUAAUGUCCGCAGCCUCCAGCAAAUCCCUUCACCUUUCUAUUGAAGAUACACAUGAAGUGAUAAGCAAGACAACAUCCUUAACCCUGGAGAACCUGGUCUACACAGCCGCCUGCAGAAGAAGUCACAGUAAUUACAAAUACAGAGCAGGAUUUCUGGCCUCUUCUAUAACUCAGCUACACCAACAGCUUCAGACUAUGAAAAAAGAUAUCGCUCCAGCGAAAUCGAAUCCCCACAUUGUAUUUGUGUUCUGUGGGAAUGGCGUCCUUCAUAGAGGCAUGUGUAAGAUGUUACUAGAAAUCGAGCCAGUGUUCAGACAGAAGUGUGUAGAGAUAGACAUGAUGAUGAGAGUUUACACUUCCCUGUCUGUGGUACAGUUGUUGGAGGAAGAGUUUGAUGAUUUCUCACGGCCGGAUGUGGCACAGCUGCUUCUCUUUACAAUUCAGGUGUCAUUGGUCACUUUACUGAGAUACUGGGGGGUGAAGCCAGAUUGUAUUUUGGGACAUUCAGUUGGAGAAGUUGCUGCAGCUCAUUGUUCUGGAAUUCUUUCACUAGAAGAUGCAAUAAAAGUCAUUUAUUACAGGAGCGCACUGCAAUGUAAGGUCACCGGAGGAAAAAUGUUGGUGGUUGGGAAUAUUAUGGUUACCGAAGUGUCAGAUUUAAUUGCAUCCUACAAAGGAAAAGCUUGUAUUGCUGCUUAUAACAGUCCUACCUCAUGCACAGUAUCUGGAGAUGGUGAGACAAUAGAUCAAAUUAAUACAAAACUGUCUAAAGAUUACAGUUCAUAUAAUGUAUUUCUCCAUGUACUUGAUGUCCCUGCUGCGUACCACAGCCCCAUGAUGGAUCCUAUAUUGGAUGAGGUAAAAGAGACACUGAGGGAUUUACAAGAGCAAAAUAUGAAAAUUGAUCUUAUAUCAACAGUGACGGGUAAGUCAGCAUCCAAAGAAGAUUUCACCACUGGUGAUUACUGGGCUAAAAAUAUCCGUGAACCAGUUUGCUUUGAAAAAGCUGUCGAAGCUUCAGCAAGAGAUAAAGAAAACAUUGUGUUUAUUGAAAUAGGACCCCGGAGAGCACUACAAAGAAACAUAACUGAAACUUUAGGACCCAAAACAACAGUAUAUCCUGUUAUACAGCCCAAAAAAGAGCAUGAGACCAUCUUUUCUUUGCUGAUAUCACUUUUUACACAAGGAUACAAUCCUGACUGGUGUCAUGUUUUUGAGGCAUAUAAAUCUGCUCCCUCAACAAUUCCGAGAUAUCAAUUUGAUCACAUCAAGGAAGACAUUAAAUAUGAAAAAAUCAGAAACCAAACAACAUCACGUCCCAACCAUCCCUUAAUUCAUAGCAUGAGUGACGAUUUCACGGAGUUCAGCUGUAAACUCUCUAAAGAAAUUACACCUUAUGUCUAUGAACACAAAGUUUUGGGGGCGGCCAUUAUUCCGGGGGCUUUUUAUGUAGAGCUUGCACUGGCAGCUGCCGCUACCAGCUUCAAACCCAAAUUACCAUUACAUUCUCUAAAAGUAAGUGUAAACUUCCUGAAACCUUGUGUUCUUCACCACAAUACUAUAGACCUGAAUGUGAAAUUUAACCAAGAAGACCAGGUUACUCAUUUUGAAGUUCUAACAUCACAUGUCUUUGCAACUGGGAAAAUAGAAAAAAAUAACCACACAAUAGACACAAGCAAAAGGAUCUUGGUUGAACAGAUUUUUCAAAGAUGUACUUCUGUUGUCAAGAAACAAAAGAUUUAUGAGAUGCUCUAUGCAGCUGGCUUUGAAUAUGGGGAGGCUUACGAACAGCUGGGCGAUGUUCAUUCUGGAAAAGAUCUUAAAGAAAUAAUUGGAAGGGUAAAAGUACAAAAAGAAAUCCGAGAUACAAUGUAUGAGUACCACAUACAUCCAGUCAUUUUAGACAGUUUUCUCCAAAUAGGGGUUUGUUUUAAUUUUGUUGCAGAGGACUCUGUGCGUAUGUUGCCAUCUUUGAUAGGAGGCCUAACAAUUCUACAGCCUAUGCAAGAACAAAUGAUCAUUUAUAUGAAAUUAGUAAAAACCACAGAGAAAUACUUUGAGUUAUGCGGAUGUUUUACAGAUAAUAAUGGUUUAGUUCUAGUAGAAAUAAAAAAAUUUAGAAUAACAUUUGUAAAACAAACAGUUAACAAAGAAAACAAUUUUUUUUUCCAAGCUGAAUGGAAAAAGUCUUCCCAGUCCAAGCCUACUACAAAACAAGAGGCAAAUAUGGUAGUUUAUUCUGACAAUCUGGGAAUAGGGGAAAAAUUAUCAACCUAUAUACAGAAUGGACUAAGCUACAUUACCUUCAACAACUGGGAUACAGAAAUUCCAACACUUAAAAUUCUUAACAGUCAAUGUAAUGAUGUUGUGUUCAUGUGGGGAAUCCACAGACUUCCUGACGAUAGUUCAGAAAAUCUAACACAAGUUCUUGCAAAGUGUUGUGAAGUCUAUCGACAGCUAAUUUUAGCAGUCAGAGAAAGGUCCUCUAAACCUGCUAUCAGGACAGUGACGUUCAAAGCAGUUGGAAAAACAGUGGAUCACAUUAAUCCUGGAUUCGCACUGGUGGGAAUGACAAGAGCGUGCCUUAUCGAAAUACCUGAAUUGAAAUUUCAGCUUAUUGAUAUUUCUUCAUCAAGCACCCAAGAUAUGGCGGCAUUAGCUCAAGUUCUUCUUCAUUAUGAUCCCAAUAAUUAUCCUGAGAUCUGGAUCAAUGAUGGUUCUAUUUACACUAGUGAAAUCAUUGUCACUGACACUAAAAAGAGAACAUGGCAAACAGAAACCUUACAGAAAUCUGAUAGUUUUACCCUUUACUCUUCAGAGCCCUACAACAUAAGUGAGAUAUCUGCGGAACAAACAGUCUUUCCAUUUUCUGGGUUAAAGAGCAAAGAAAUAGAGAUCAAUAUUGACAGAAUUUGCGCUCACACAGAAGAUUACUUUCCUGUGAGUCUUUCAAAUUGGAAAUAUGGCAGUGCUUCUUAUUUUACAAAAAGCGAAAAGCAUGAGCUCAUUGCUCUGGAUUUUGCUGGUAUUGUGGUUGCAGUUGGGAAGGAUGUGAAGAAAAUUCAAGUUGGGGAUCGAGUUGCAGUGUGUUAUCCAACAAUUGCAACCUCCAAAGUGAAGCUUUCUGAGGAUGUUUGCUACUUAAUCAAAAAAGCUCCAGCAUUGAGAAAUUCUCCAUGUAUUUCAUUCUUUGUUUUAGCCUGGGAAAUAUUGCACCACCAACUACCACGUGCAAAAAAUAAACCAAAACUAACAAUAGUCUCUUCAGAUGCAAAGUCCAUUUUAUGCAGAGUUUUAUGCAAGACAGCAGAGCGAACAGGCUGGGAAGCUACUAUAUCCAAUGGGAAUAUGAUAACUGACAAAAAGUGUGCUGCCAUGGUUGUUCUUCCUACAGUUGAAGGCAUCUCUAGAGAAGCACUCACCGAGUUACCUCUUCUUAAAAAUGUUGUUGUUCUAUCAGACCAGAAAAAUGUAAAAAACGUGAUACUGAACGCCAGGCAAGAUGUUCAUGUUCAUCUGCUUGAUCUUGCUGUUGUGUUUCACCAGACAUAUCUACAACAGUUUGCAAAGGACUUACAUAAAUGGUUGUACUCAAUGUCAUCUGAAUUAGUCAUUUCAAAACUGAUAAUUCAACCCUCACAUAAUAAAUCUAACUAUAACAAUACAUUGUGUAGCUAUGCAACAGCCCAGGCCAUACCACUUAUUGAGCUAGAUAAUGGUAUAAUCUCAAGGAUCUCUGGGUCAUCACCCAAUCUAAGACUUUUUAAGCACUGUGGAGUUUACAUAGUCACAGGUGGUCUAACUGGUCUUGGGUUUGAGACAGUGAAAUUCAUUAUACAGAAUGGCGGAGGCAAUGUUGUGAUUUUGUCCAGAAGAAAUCCAACUCCUGAAAUGGAAAAGGAAAUCGGUGAGACUGAAAAUGAAAAUGAACAUGCUAAGAUAGUUACACUGCAGUGCAAUGUUACCAGUUAUACUGAAGUCAUAAGAGCUAUAGAUUCAAUCAAAAAAAUAUUCCCAAAGAUUCCAAUAAGAGGCGUCUUUCACAGUGCAGUUGUCCUUUAUGAUGGGAUUUUGCAGAACCUUAAUUUGUCACUUUUUGAGAAAGUACUAAGUCCAAAAGUAGAUGGAGCUGUAAAUCUCCACCGUGCCACAUCGGACAUUAAACUAGACUACUUUGUUUGCUAUUCGUCUAUUGCUUCAUUUGUUGGAAAUCCAGGACAAGCAAAUUAUGCUGCUGCCAACUCCUUUCUAGACACAUUCUGUCAAUACAGAAGGAAUAUGGGACUUUGUGGACAGUCAAUAAGUUGGGGAGGCCUCAAUCUUGGACUAUUACUUAACCAACACCAAAUUCACAAACUCCUACAGUCAAAAGGGAUAUUUCUUUUGAAUACCAAGGAAAUUCAUGAGAAUCUAAAGAAAUGUCUUUUAAUAAACAACACCCACCAAGCAAUUGCCAAGUUUGACUUUAAAACUAUGUCCAGUACUUUAAUUUCAUUCAUACCAGGACUAAAGAAGCGGCUCUAUAAUGUUGUAACAGAAGAGUUGAGAAAUUCUGAACAAACACCAAACAGGAAUGAGUUCUCCAACCUUAAUAAGGAAUCCUGUGAUGACUAUGUGUUGUCAGUAAUAACUGAACUCACAGGUGUCAGUCCCAGUGAAAUCACUCCAAGUACGGUUCUUAACUCUGUUGGUAUUGACUCGAUGUUGGCAAUGACAUUACAAAGUCGUAUCUUCAAAGAGAUGAAUGUAAACAUACCACUGGUCAAGCUUUUGGAUCCGAACACAACAAUCUCAAUGUUGGUCAUGAUUCUUAAAGAAAACACUGGUAAUGACAAAGAAAAUGGGAGUAAAAUAAUAGAGGAAACUAGGCUGUGAUAUGAAUAAUAUCUUCAUAUACUCUAAUAGGAGUUAAAUCUUAAAUUGUAUCCAAACCUAUUAUGAAAUUUAAAGGAAGUAAAUAUUAUUAUUCACCCAUUUUACAGUGGCUCCAAUUAUUUUUGCGCUCUGAAACUUUGCCAUGAUAAUAAAACCUUAUCUGUAUAUUGUCUUAUGUACAAAAAAUGCUUCUUUGUUUUUCAGUGUGCUCUUUAUGUGAGAAAUUAUAUACUUAUUCAUUAUGUACUUCUAUACAUCUGUAGCAGGCAAUACCAACAUAAGCAUUUAUUACAGUGUCUUAACUUUUGAGUCUUUCCAUUUAAAGGAGUUGUCCAGUGUAGAACACUUAACCCCUAUCCUAAGGAUAGGCGAUAAGUUUCAGAUUGUGGAGGGUCCAACCGCUGGGACCCGGUUCGCUAGCCAGAGAGCGUGUGCCGACCAUUGCACGAAGCGGCGGCUGACACGCCCCCUCAAUACAGCACUAUGGCAGAGCUGAAGCGCUGUCUUCGGCAAUCUCCGGCUCUGCCAUAGCGCUGUAUUGAGGGGGAGUGUCGGCCACCGCUUGAUGCGGUGGUUGGCACGCGAUCUCUGGCCAGUGAGCCGGUGCCCCGUACAGGGGAUCGCGGGGGGCCCCAGCGGUCGGACCCCCCGCAAUCUGAAACUUGUUCUACACUGAACUACUACUUUAAGCAGAUGUUUCAUGUAUUAGUAUAUUAUAUUAUAUAUUUCUUUGAAUUCUGUUUGUUAAUGUGCAUAUCAUAAUUGUGAAAAUCUAUUUCAUGUCAAUCGUACUGACCCACAGAAUAAAGCUGUAAUGUUAUUUUUAUGGUAUUAUAAACGGCAUAAAUUUAAAAUGUAAAGAAUAAACGACAAAAUAAAAAUUUUUCCAUUUUACAAAAAAAAAAAAAACUGACUGAACUUUUGAGUUUUACGUUUUCCUUUGAUUCCUUUGUUAAUAUAUAUCCAAUUCUGUAAAUUCUGCUUAUGUAUAAAUCAUAAAUGUUAGAAUCUGUUUUGUGUCUACAAUCUUACUUAUUACCUCACUAAAUGUAAUAUAUAUUAAAUUGCUUUACCUGUGAUCUUGAUUCUGGUGCUCAAUAGUUAUAAAGUCUAAUUAAUAAAAAUUAUUUUGGU